GCAGGAAAACCAGCCGGAGGAGACCGGAAACACCUCGAGGACCUGUUUUAGUGCUUUCUGGCAUCAUGUGGGCGCGAGCUGUAGUGUGCGCGGCGCUGCUGUCCGCGCUCUGCUCGGGGGGACGGACGGAAGCCGAGAGGGACGAGAGAGACGUCCAGGACUACCAGUACGCGAACUCCAACAGACUGCUUGGUGCUCUGCAUGAAGUCCUGGAGAAGCUGCAGACAAAGAGGAUUAAUCCCUGGGAGAAGAAGUACGGACAGGUCCCCUCUUGUGACCUCGGCGAGCACUGCGCCGUCAGAAAAGGAUCUCGCAUCGGGAAGAUGUGCGACUGUCCACGAGGAGCUUUCUGCAACUUCUUCCUGCUGAAGUGCUUAUGAGCCAAUCAGAUCAGAGUCUAUAUUUUAACAUGUAUAUUUUACAGAUUCAUGUAGAUAUAAAUAACCUACGAUGAUGUAAAGUGGCGUUUAGAGCGGAGGGAACCCUCCGUGAAUUUUUGUCUUGUUACAUUAAAGGUGUUUUAUCUGACUCCUCCCCUCUUGUUCAUUUGUUAUUCAUGAUAUUUUAAAGGUUAGCUUCUUGAAUUUCAAAGUAUUAAUACUCAAAUAAAGUGUAGAUGUUGUAAAUAUUUUCACAUUUGAUGUUUCAUGAUUGGGCUGCAUGAGUGCUGUCACAGCUCUGGUUUACUUCCUGCUUUCAUCGACCAACCAGUGAAGACUCGCUGCAAGCAGCAGUGUGUUUAACAUUAGACUCUAAGGAAGCCGCAGUGCGUCCAAAUGUUAGUCCUUUGCACCUUUAAUAAAGUUCCCUCAAGUGAC